AAAUCACGCCUAAAAAAUUCUUCAGUUCGCCAAACCCUAACGGCAACAGAGACCAUUCACCUUGUACCCCGCUCUCAAAACCCUAAUUCCAGACAGUAAUGCACUGCACAACAGCCAUUGCCGGAUAUCAAUCUCAUUGACCAUGUCCACCGACGGCUCCGCCGACCGCCGGGAAGAUCCUCCUCCUCAGAAUAACGGCUCCGGUGCCAUCGCCAGCAUCGGAGGCGGGAAUGGAGUAGUGUCCGGCGACUCCAGCCGGCCUUUUGUGCCCAGCCAGAGGCUCCGGCUGAACCCGAACAAGGAUCACAAGCCGGACAACUAUGAUGACCUGCAAUUGGACUUCAAUCCCUCAAUUUUCAGCUCUCUGGAGCGGUACUUACCCCCGAGCAUGCUGUCGGUGUCGCGAGAAGCGAAGGUGCAGUUCAUGAGGGAGAUUUUGUUGCGGUACUUGCCCCAGGGAGAGCAAACCAGAGCUCAGAGGCACAGGGAGUACAGGCAGAAGAUUAUAUCAAAUUAUCAGCCUUUACAUAGAGAGUUAUAUGCCAUGCACCCUGCAACCUUCUUUGUCCCCCAGUUUCUUAAAGCAAUCAAUGAUAAUACAGAGGAAAGCUUUAGAAGCAUAAUGUCCGAACCCUCUCCAGGUGUCUAUACAUUUGAAAUGUUUCAGCCACAUUUCUGUGAAUUAUUGUUACAUGAGGUGGAAAAUUUUGAAAACUGGGUCAAUGAAGCGAAAUUCAGAAUCAUGCGUCCGAAUACGAUGAAUAAAUUUGGUGCUGUUCUUGAUGAUUUUGGUCUUGAAACCAUGCUUGACAAGCUCAUGGAGGGGUUUAUUCGUCCUAUAUCAAAAGUGUUCUUUUCUGAAGUUGGUGGCUCAACCUUGGAUUCACAUCAUGGGUUUGUUGUCGAAUACGGAAAAGACAGGGAUGUUGACCUGGGUAGUUCUACAUUUGUAGGUUUCCAUGUGGAUGACUCAGAAGUAACUUUGAAUGUGUGCUUGGGUAAAGAAUUUUCUGGUGGAGAAUUGUUUUUCCGUGGAACUCGAUGUGAUAAACAUGUAAAUACAGGUAGUCAAUCUGAGGAAAUCUUUGACUAUUCUCAUGUCCCGGGGAAAGCGGUGCUUCACCGUGGUCGCCAUAGGCAUGGUGCCAGAGCUACAACAGCUGGUCACAGAAUCAACCUACUCCUAUGGUGUAGAAGUUCCGUCUUUAGAGAGAUGAAGAAGUAUCAAAAAGAUUUCUCUAGCUGGUGUGGAGAGUGCAAUCGUGAAAAGAAUGAAAGGCAACGCAUGUCAAUUGCCGCUACCAAAUUGGAAUUACUUAGGAGGGAGGGGGAAUCCACAACAUGAGCAGUUUAGAUUUUGUAAUUUCCAUGUUUUGAUGUACAUUAGCAUGGCCCAAGUCCUGAUCAAGGCACCAAAGUAUUGAUGUUUGUAUUCCUUGACUUCAUCUUAAUAGGUACCCGUUUUAUGUACACUACUUUAAGUGAUAGUACUUUUUUUUUUUUUUUAAUCAUAUCAUCAGAAAGUUGAAAUUCAUGUAAAUUAAAAUCAUCAAUUGCCAAUCUGGUCAAUUUCCAGUCAAAAUGGUAAUUUAUUGGAAUUUUGGUAGAUUUGAUUGUUCUAAACCGUACUUACAGAGCCAAUAGUUUCUUUGACAAUAGCUCUACUAUGUACGUA